AUCAAAUUGUGGCGGGUCACGUGAGGCCCUGGAGAAGGGGUUGAGCAGCAGCUCGGCAGUAGCCACCGAGAGUCGAUUGAGCCGGGACGCGAAGGGCUGGUGGUGGUUGCGGCUGGGCUAGGCUGGGCGCCGACCCGGUGGAGGGAGGGGACCGAAUCAAGGGGAGGCCCAGAAGUGAGACAGCGGCUGCCUCCGGAUUGGACUCCAAUUUCUCCUCCUCUUUCCCCCCCUUUUUUGUCCUUGAGGACUCCACAUUUUGUGAUUUAUCUGAAUCGAUUGAUUGAUCGAUCGAUCGAUCGGUUGGCUAUUGAUCGGUUAAAGGGGCGCUGCCGUUCGGUAGACGCGAAGCCGGGAUCGGAUUGAGCCGCUGUUCCUUUAAGCCAAGCCGGGGGGGGGGAAGAAGGGGAAAUCCUGCGAUGCGCCCUUGAUCUUUAGUCAUCCUUCCGCCCUUGAGUUCCUUCAUACCCUCUUAUUCCCCCCCUUUUCACACCAACCCUAAUGCGCUUUCACCACCCUUGGGAGAAGAGGAGGCGAGGAAGAGGCGGCGGCGGCGGCAGCAGCAGCAGCAUCGCUACCUAUUCCCAUAGGCAGAUCCCCUUCACCUUGAUUGCCACCCCGUCGAUCUACGCAAAAGACUUCAUUUAAUUUUUAUUGUGCCAUCCGCUCUCUUUCUUUCCCCACUCCCCGGCUCGGUCUCGCAUAAUAUUGCAAACCUUGGGGGAGGGGGUUAUAGGGUUUUUAAUUCGUUUUUAUGUGCGCAGUGGAGGGGGGGAUCUCUCCUAACAAGACAGAGCUCUUAGCUUCCUCCACUCCUGCGUCUUGGAUGGGAAAGGUUUUUUUAAAAAAAUCUAUAUAGUUUUUGUGUGUGUGUGUGCCGGAUCUUAAUAAUCGAUAAAUGAACCUAUUUUUCCAGUUUACGUGAUCCGGAACUGGUAUAUUAUUCUCUGCCUUCGUUCAGUGCGGUAGCGCGGCGUUAAGAUACCUCUCCUCUACACCCCCCCUUUUAAUUUUCGUAGUGUCUUUCUCUUGGGUUGAAAUCGUGGGUUUAUUCUGUUUCUCUUGCCUGUGGGAAAGGUGAAAGAGAUCGUCUGAUCCGCUGGUCUAUUAGUUUAUUCUUGUUAUUUGUGACUGAGGGAGCUUGAGAGAGAGAGGUGCGGAAGACAGAGGUGUGUGUAUGUGUGUGAUAGUUUUUAAAAUAGAUUCUUUUAAAAAAAGAUGGGGGGGACCCAAGAUGGCUGGAGGUGGUUGUGAGGAGCAUGUAGGGUUUUUUUGAUCUGAUGAUAAAAGCUAAAAGGCACAGCAGCUGCGGCUGUAUAAACUCAGUUUAAAGCCCUCCCCUUCCCUCCCUCUUUUCUCUCCCCCCCCACAGCAGGCGCACACUUUACAGGGUGGUGCCAUCCACCAGUCUCUAACCCCCCUUCUAACAGAAUUGUUUCUACUUUCUUAAAAAAAAAAAUUAAAAAAAUCAGCUCAAAAUGGCUGAGGACUGACUGUCCUCUUGGAAUUGUACGUUUCAGCAGUUCCCUUUAAGCUUGUGCGUGUCUCUCCUCUCCCCCCCCUCUCCCCUCUCCCCCUUCCUUUUUGCAGGCUGGUUCCAAAAGGAGAAAUAGCUUUCAUGUCAGAAGGAAAACAGAGAAGCAAAGGGGAAGAGGCAGGGGCUAGGCUCUUCAUUAGCAGUUGAGAAAUUCCUAUUCAGUUUGAUCAAGGCAUACUUGUUUUCCUUCUAGCGAGAGCAACCCAUCAUUCUCCAAAAGACCAAGGAUUUUGAAGUGGGGAGUAUGUUUCAGUUUCAGUCUUGCUAAAAUAAAAACAGAGGCAGAUUUGAGAAGACAAAACCCCAUGGGGUAUUGUGAGCAGGUUGUUUCUCUUGGUUGAAUUUGUCUUCGGUGGUUUCCACCCUCCUGUGUUGUCCUCUCCCCCCCUUCUCUUCAUUCCUAUUUCUGAAAGGAGCAAAGGAUGGGAGGGUCCCUUUGGCUCUGGGCUGGAAUUUCAUCUGAAUGACUGACCCGUCUUCCUACUGAGAUUGCACUGUCCCGAAGCCAAUGAAGAUUUUUUUUUUCACCGUUCAGAUGCAUUAGAAGUUAGAUUGUCUUUUUUUACUUUUGUGUUUAAUCUUGUAUUUGGAUUGAAUCGCUCUCAACUUGUUGUGACUUAAAGACUUGAAUUCUGAACUCUUUGAUGGGAAGAAAACGAAUUUGAAAAAGGAGUCUCUUGAGUUUGGUCAGGAGGGAUAAAAGCUCUUUCAAAAUAUCAAACAUUGGGCAAAAAGUGAUAAUUUGGCUGUAUUUAAUGUAGAAGUUUUAUAUGGCAUUUGGACUCCUUCCUUCUGGAUCUUGUAUGGAUUUGUUUCAGUUCUCGCAACUUAGUGGCCUUUCUAUUGCAAAAGUGGAAACUCAUCAUCACCUGCGUUAGACCAAAAACUGACAUUUUAAAGAGAGAUUCUUAAAAAUAAAAAAUCUGUUGGUGUGGAGACAUGGCUGAAAACUGGAAGAACUGUUUUGAAGAAGAACUUAUAUGCCCUAUUUGCUUGCAUGUCUUUGUGGAACCUGUGCAGCUUCCUUGUAAGCACAAUUUCUGUAGAGGGUGCAUAGGAGAGGCAUGGGCCAAAGAGACAGGGCUGGUGCGUUGUCCUGAAUGUAACCAGGCCUACAACCAGAAGCCCAACCUUGAGAAGAACUUAAAGCUGACCAACAUUGUGGAGAAAUUCAACUCUCUCAAUCUGGAAAAGACUCCCUCAGUAUUACACUGUGUAUUCUGCCGCCGUGGGCCACCUUUGCCUGCACAGAAGAUCUGUCUGAGGUGUGAAGCUCCAUGCUGCCAGUCCCAUGUUCAGACGCACCUGCAGCAGCCCUCCACAGCACGUGGGCACCUCCUGGUGGAGGCGGAUGACGUCAGGGCCUGGAGUUGCCCCCAGCACAAUGCCUACCGAUUGUACCACUGCGAGGCUGAGCAGGUUGCUGUCUGCCAAUUCUGUUGCUAUUACAGUGGGGCACACCAAGGACAUUCAGUGUGUGAUGUGGAGAUCCGGCGCAAUGAGAUUAGGAAGAUGCUGGUGAAGCAGCAAGACCGCCUAGAAGAACGUGAACAAGACAUUGAGGAGCAGCUCUACAAGCUGGAGUCCGACAAGCGGCUGGUUGAAGAGAAAGUGAACCAGCUAAAGGAUGAGGUGCGCCUACAGUAUGAGAAGAUGCACCAGAUCCUUGAAGAGGACCUCCGCAAGACUAUGGAGAUCCUAGACAAGGCCCAGGCAAAGUUCUGCAAUGAGAAUGCUGCCCAAGUGCUGCACCUCAGUGAGCGGAUGCAGGAGGCCAAGAAGCUGCUCAGCUCCGUUCAGGUCAUGUAUGACAAGACCGAGGACAUCAGCUUCAUGAAGAAUACCAAGUCAGUGAAAAUCUUGAUGGAUAGGACCCAGAACUGCACAGGAGGCAGCCUGCCCCCUCCCAAGAUUGGCCACCUCAAUUCCAAGCUCUUCCUGAACGAAAUUUCUAAGAAGGAAAAACAGUUGCGGAAGCUGCUGGAAGGUCCCUUCAGCACCCCGGUGCCAUUCCUGCAGAGCAUCCCUAUGUACCCUUGCAGCGUUAGUAACUCAGGAGCUGAGAAACGCAAGCACUCCACAGCUUUCCCAGAAGCCAGCUUCUUGGAGUCAUCCUCGGGACCUGUUGCCAGCCAGUAUGUGAGCCAGGGGGCUUCGGCUGGGGAAGGCCAGUCUGCACAACCCAUGGUGCCUUGUAGCUCCACCCAGCACAUAGUAGGACUCCCUAGUGGCCCUCAACCAGUUCAUUCUGGCUCUAUGUUCAACCCUUCUCACUACCCCAACAGCACAUCAUCUCAGCAAUCUGUGCUGUCUCAGUAUGGUGGGCGCAAAAUCCUUGUCUGCUCAGUGGACAACUGUUACUGUUCCUCGGUAUCCAAUCACAGUGGGCAUCAACCAUACCCUCGGUCAGGCCACUUUCCAUGGACAGUGUCUUCGCAGGAAUAUUCCCACCCACUCCCACCUGCUCCAUCUGUACCUCAGUCGCUCCCGGGAUUGGCAGUGAGAGAAUGGAUUGAUGCAUCUCAGCAACAUGGACGCCAGGAUUUCUAUAGAGUUUAUGGUCAGCCUUCCACCAAACACUAUGUCACCAGUUAACCAUCUGGUUUGGAUGGAAUCUUAAUUGAUUUUUGGAAGUUUUUUUAAAAAUCUAGCUUUUGUUGUUGUCAUUUUUAAAUCAAACCCAUUUCCAUUAUUCCCUACCACUUGCCAGAGUCUGAGAGAAGGGCAUUGCUGUCAUCUCUGUUUUUAAUUUAAUUUUUAAAAAAUCUUCCUUUGUAUCAGGAUGGGCGGGGGGAAGUUGUGGUGGAAAAAAAUUAACAAGGAUAUCAAUCAAGUAUCUACUUCUGGAUCAUGUGACGUUGCUACUUUCCAGUUUGGAAAACUUUUAAAGGGACAGAUGAUCCUUUUCUAUUUCAAAGUCUCUGGGCUCUUUUGGUUUUGCUUUUAAAAUUAUUUUUCCCCUCCCAUUUUUUUAAGAGGAGAAAAUUUCUAUCAUUGAUUUAUUAAGAAAUGACACUUGUAGACUUUUUUUAAGGCUGAUUUUUUUUGUGUUAAAAGACCACGUAUCGUGCAUAUUGGCAUUUUUCUUUCUUUCAGAGAUUUGUAAAUACACAAUGGCAGGAAAUGAAAUGCACAAAAAAAGGGAGAAGAAACUUAAAAAAAAAUUAAAAAAUCUGUUUUAGUUUCCAGGAGGGAAAUGUGUGUCAAGAUGCAUACAUUCCUUCCUGUGUUUGGUUGAUGCAACUUCCUCUAACAAGCACUUUGUAUUAAAAAAAAGUGGACUUCCUGUUAUAAGGUGCAGGUAUUUAUUCUGUAACCAAUUUUAGAACACACACAAAAAUAUUCAAAUAAAUGUGAUCACUUAG